AUGGUUUCGAAAAAGACAGUGGGGUCGGCUAAUGCGAAUGCCAACCUCAAGCAUGGCGUUGGAAACACGGCGUCUUCGUCUCUGAGCCUGACGCAGGCCCAGAAGGCAAAGGCGUCAAUUGAGGAGGAUGAAAGAAUGAAGCGCAUGGAAUGGGAAGUUAAGGUCAAACAUCUUGGCUUAUUGGGGGUGCUUGCUUGGCUAUUGUCCUUACAUGUUGUUGGGAUAUUCUUCUUUACAAAAGGGUUCCUCCUAACGCGGACCAUCUUGGAAAACAAAUCGUCAUGCGAAGUACUCCCCUUUGUUGAUCCAGUCACAUUGCUGCCAACCACGGCAUCGAAUACUGCCAAGGGCUGUUGGCAUCCGAAAUCGUUUGACAAGGCCGUUGUCAUUAUAAUAGACGCUUUGAGGUACGAUUUUACAGUCCCAUUUACACCGAAAUCAGAAGACGAAAAGGCACAUCUGUUCCAUGACAACAUACCUGUUCUUUACGAAACUGCUGUGGAAUCUCCAGGGCAUGCGUUCUUGCUGCCUUUCAUAGCCGAUCCGCCGACCACGACUCUGCAGCGCCUCAAAGGACUGACAACUGGAACUCUUCCUACGUUCGUAGAUGCUGGCUCCAAUUUCGCUGGAAUGGUCAUCGAUGAGGAUAAUCUAGUGGCGCAAUUACAGGCUGUUGGGAAGAAUUUGGUUCAGCUUGGUGAUGAUACCUGGUACAGUCUGUUCCCGGAUCACUUUGAUUCGAAUUUCUCGCGGCCAUUUGACUCGUUUAACGUGUGGGACCUGCAUACUGUCGACAACGGCGUGACGGAACAUCUAUUCCCCCUGCUACACCGGGACAAUGCCACGAAAUGGGAUGUCAUUUUUGGCCACUAUCUUGGUGUUGAUCAUGCUGGCCACCGGUAUGGACCAAAUCACCCGGCCAUGGCUGCCAAACUUCGGCAGAUGGACCAGGUAGUCCGGGAUCUCAUGGCCGCCGUGGAUGAGAAUACGUUAUUAGUGGUAAUGGGUGACCACGGCAUGGACUCAAAGGGUGACCAUGGGGGCGAGUCGGAUGAUGAGCUUAGAGCGGCAUUGUGGAUGUACUCAAAGAGAGAAAUCUUCGGCCGUAUCGACCCUAUGAACGUCCUACCGCCGAAGACCGCCGAGGAGCGGGCGAUUCCUCAAAUUGAUCUUGUGCCGACUUUCUCUCUGCUCCUCGGGCUACCUAUACCUUUCAAUAACCUAGGUUCGCCAAUUGACGAAGCGUUUUCCGGGUCCCGCGGAAAUGAUAUGAAGAAUCUGGUGGCUGUCAACCGCCUGGCCUCUGCGCAAAUCAAGAGAUAUCAAGAUGAAUACGCAAUUUCACGAGGGGGCGAUGCUGACCGGUCAGUUAAGUCUCCUUUGCUCUGGGACGCAGCAGAGAAGGAGUGGCAGAAGGUCUCGAAGAUGUCACGGCCGAGCGCUGCAUCCCUACGUGUGGCCUAUGACCUCUACCGGAGUUACCAGCGGGAAACUCUCUCUGUAUGUCGCGGACUUUGGACCAAGUUCCAUGUUCCAAGUAUGAUCUGGGGGGUUGGGGUUCUCUUCGCGGCAAUUUCUCUAUUAGUGUUCUACGCUCGAGGUCUCCAGAUGGACAGAACGGACCUUAAUUCUCCAUUACUUUCAUAUGCCGGGUCAGGUCUAGGAUUGGGUGCAGUGACUGGAUUAUCCAUUAUAUCACUUGGAUUGGUACAAGAGUCGGCUAUUGAACUUUCUGCUUUGUUGGCCGCCGUGGGAAGUAUAUCGGGGGCCUCUUUGGCAAUUUUCGGCAUUCCAAGAAAGGUCUUGCCGCCUCUUCCUAAUUCCUUGUGGAGCUGGCUUGCCGUUCUCUUCACCGUCUCUCAAUCUGUCGGAUUUGCUUCGAAUUCGUAUACGAUCUGGGAAGAUGAAAUCCUCCUAUUUUUCCUCACAACUUUCGGCGUUGUUGCCGGCGCCUCUUCUAUGCGCCAGAAGACCACUUCCGACAGGGUCUUGGGAGUGUAUCAUUCGAUACUCUUCAUAAUCUUUGGGAGGGUAGCGUCUCUCGCGCGUCUCUGCCGUGAAGAGCAAAUGCCGUUCUGCCGUUCCACCUAUUAUUCUUCCUCUACAUCGUCCACCUCUGCACCUUGGACCCUUGCAAUACCUUUUCUGUUGGCUCUUCUUCUCCCCGCGGUCGUACGGUCCUUUUACGUCUCGUCAAAAUCCUACGAAGGAGCCGCUACGCUGUGGAUUGGCAUUGCAUUCCGCUUUGGGCUACUUGUCACGGCUCUCUAUUGGUUGUUUGAGGCUGCUGACGACGGUGAAUGGUUCAGCUUAAGCAAAGAGACAUUGAAGUCGGUCCGUGUGUUCCUCGCUCAAUUCGUCAUCGCGUUGGCCUUGGCCGUUGGCACGACCGCAUACUUCUACUCGAAGCCAUGCGUCAGCGUCAGCGUGAGCCAGGGCGUUUCUGAGCCCGAGAAAGGCAGUGACCCACAACAACCCCCACGGACCACAAUUACGAUUUUAGGGUUCGGCAACGUCUAUGGAACCCGUUUCUUCUUCCUUGUCAUCAACUUCUGUCUAGCCAUAAUUCUCGUUCAGAAACCCAUAGGCCAGGGCGCCAUCGGAUUGCUCCUCUGGCAGAUUCUCUCUCUCCUUGAGAUCCUCGACACGAAUGCAUUGACGCUCAAGAACUCCGCCAUCGGCCCCGUUGUACUGGGCCUCCUAGGCUCAUUUUAUUACUUCAAAACCGGCCACCAGGCCGUCCUCAGCACGAUUCAGUGGGAAUCGGCAUUCAUCCCCCUCUCCACCAUCAAAUAUCCCUGGUCUCCCCUCCUUGUGGUUCUGAACACUUUCGGCGCCCAGAUCCUCGCUGCCGUGGCCGUCCCUCUCACAGUUCUCUGGAAACGCCCUCUCGAGACAUCUGACCGCGGUUCACCCCUAUCUUCUGACCCUACUUCUGAAUCUACCUCUUCUUCGUCGAAAGAAAAACAGAAACCGCGCAACCCCGCUACAAAACUCCUGUCAGAUGUUAUCCAAGCGUCGACGACGCAUCUACUUUACCUAACCACUAUCAACCUUGCCACGACACUAUGGGCAGGCCACCUCCGUCGUCACCUCAUGCUAUAUCGCAUCUUCAGCCCCCGAUUCAUGAUGGGUGCCGCGGUCCUGGUCGUUGUGGAUGUUAUAACACUCGUUGCGGUGGCUGGAGUGCGGUGGACCGUAUUGAGCGUGGGAGACGUCUUUGGAUGGUGAAUGAGAGGGUAAACACCAUGUAAUUAUAGAUUUGGGGACGAUUUAUGAAUGCGUUGUAAUUAAUUGUGGUUCCUUGGAUUUAAAAUUCUCUUGUGGUAUGCACGAAAGCGAGGGUUUACUUAUGUUUAAUUAUCGAUUUAACCCUAUAACCCUACAUAUAUAAAUGAAUAUUAUAGAUCAAUGAAAUAUAGAAUUUGUA